AAAUCAUGUUUUCUGUUCCGGGAAAUCAGGAACUACCUCAUACGUUUCUUGCUAUAUAACCCUAGUAGUUUUGAUAAGAGAAACCAUUCCACACUGAGUCAACAGGAGGAAAACUAAAUCUUCAAGAUGAAAUACUUCCUCUUUAUCACAGUCGUACUUCUUGCCUGCACGUCGCUGUGCAAUGCACAGUGCUACGUUGAGCUACUGAACUUUGACCCUAAAAAUCCUGUUGCAGGCUGUACAGAUAAGAGAGGUGUGGUUCAUCCAAUUGGUUCUCAAUGGAAGGACAAGGAUUGUUUCCAGUGCAGUUGCAGUGAUUCUACCAUUGAAUGCUGUGGCACGAUUCCACAAUAUGUGGGGCUUCCUGAGCACUGUGAGAUGGUGGUGAACAAGGAGGAUUGCACCUAUGAAGUGAUUAACAAGAAAGAUCCAUCCGACAAGUGCAUACCGACAGGAGCGAUUCUUUAGUUAGGAUAACCCUCAUUCAGAUCUGUCAGAAACUCACAAACCCAGAUUAGCGUGAACACGGAGGGUUUGUAUAGGGGUCUGUAAAACAAACUGUUUAUAAUACAUAAUGCUGUAGAGCAGUGGUGCACAACUCAGGUCAUGGAGGGCAGGUGUCCCUCUUGGUUUUUGUUCUAACCAUACCCUAAAUUAGUUAAUUGGACCAAUUAAGCUUCUAAUAAGGUCCAAUAAAGUACUUCAGGGUGCGGUUAGAACAAAAACCUGCAGGGACUCAGGCACUCCAGGACCGAGCUGUGCACUACUGCUGUAGAGUCUGGGUAUGUUAAAAUUGAUUAAUUUAGUUUUAGUUUGUCAAAAAUAGCAUGGCAAUGGUAAGCCAGUAGGUCAUUGUUGCUCCAUUCUUCUCAUACUGUAGCUGCAUAUUAAAAAUCAAUGUACCUAUCUA